UUCUUUUAAGUAAUCGCGAUAACAUUGUAGCCAAUCUAUGCUUCAAAAAUAUUAUCGAAUUUAAUCUUUUCAAUACACAUGCAGCUUCUAAUAAGCAAAAUGUUGAUUUUGGCCGAUGUCUCUCCAGCCUGUCAUAUCUUUUAACGCAGCGAACAUUUCAAGUUAGACCAAUGCUCGAAUGCUCGCCAAAUAGCUACUCGAACAAUUACUUAGCAAUUUUUCGAGUUGUAUGUGUGAGGGCAAAUUUCACUCCUUCGCUCCUUUCUUCUCCCCUCCUCUGCUUACUCCAUUUCCUGUGAGACGUUUUUAAAUCCGCUGAGCAGAGUGCAAAAGUUGAAGUUCAAAUGAUUCGCUUUUGAAGGAGGCAACUUUAUUAGUCUUUAUAUCACUUAGUUUUUUAUUAGAUGCAACUUCAGUUGAAAAGUAAGGUUGCUGACAAUUACCCCCGAAAUAACCAUAAGGCCGGUUCGUCAGUUUACAAAUUGACUAUCAGAUUCUAAUUUUGGUCGGACGUACACAAAACAAACAAAAUAUAAAAUAUAUCAGAAAGAAAAGAAAAAGAGAGGCGAAAACCAUACAAGUUAAAAGAGGAGAAAUAUCAGAUAAAUAUAAUUAUCAGAUAGUGAGACGUUGAAAAACUGUGAUAUUAUCUCAAUUUGUAAUAUUUGGAGAAUUGAAUACUAGCUUUGGCGAAAGCUCUGUUUCAGUUUAUCUUGAAACUGACAGGUGCUUUAAAAUAUCAUAAUCAAUAGCAUUGCGGAUAUUAAAUUUUCCAUUAUUAUUUCUGGCCUUGGGAAGAUUAAGACGGUUGUAACUUGCUGCAGAAGGACUUGAAGGAAACUCGUUUGAACACUGUUACAACCCAAGCCGUGAAGCGAUAGAAGAGGCUAUUUUCCUGAAAAGCCUGAGAUUGGACCAAAUAUUAUCAAGAAUAAAAUGGCAAACUUAACAGGAAAGUUAAACCACACCACAAUUCAAGAAUGGUCUUGCGCGACACGUCGUUAUGGGAUUGAUGAAAAAAUAUUUAUUGUAGCGUUAAAUAUUCUUCUAUCUCCCACUGCAUUUCUGGGGAACAUCCUGAUCGUUGUUGCUCUUCAAAAGGUGUCCACUUCCCUUCACUUACCAUCCAGACUUCUGUUUCGUUGCCUUGCGGUCACCGAUCUCUGUGUGGGACUUACUGCACAACCUUUAAUCGUCAGCUAUUUAAUGUCUGCAGACAAUUCCAAACGUUGUUACUAUUUUAGGAUCCUUUUCUAUACAAUAGGUGGAUAUUUUUCUGCUGUGUCGUGCUUAACACUAGCAGCAAUAAGUAUAGAUAGACUGCUCGCUCUGUUGUUUGGCCUAAGAUACAGACAGGUAGUGACUUUGAGAAGGGCACGGGUUGUUGUGAUGAUUUGUUGGUUUUGCUGCGGCUCUGUUGUAGUCGUAUUUAUUUAUAGCGAACACAUCGCUCAAGCCUUCACAUCUUUAAUUCUGUUACUGUGUGUCGUAGCCUCAACCUUCUGUUACACGAAAAUUUAUCUUAAACUUCGACAUCAACAAAAUCAAGUACAGGACUUUGUUCAUCGAGGACGAACGAAAAAAGGAGGCACACCACUGAAUAUAGCUCGAUAUAAAAAGACUGUGUCCAGUGCAUUGUGGUUGCAAAUGACAUUAGUUGUUUGUUAUCUUCCAUUUGGUAUAGCCGUUACCAUAUUUGCCAUUACUGGAUUGUCUACGCCAUCUUUUGACUUCACUUGGGAUGUAUCGUUAUCUUGUCUUUUGUUUAACUCAACUUUGAACCCAUUUCUGUAUUGCUGGAAGAUGAAGGAAGUAAGACAAUCAGUGAGGAACACUAUAAAAAAUAUCUGCUGCUCGUGAAGUUAACUGCGGCCUGAUACUGAAUCAACAGCAGUUUAUAAUCGAACCUUUCUUUAUGGACACCUCCAUAAUGGGACAGCUCUAGACAGUUCGUUUGUUCCCAUGAAAACCAGAAUUCAGACUCAGAGCCUCUGUAUAGCAGGGUUAAAAAAUACAUUGAAAUGUAGCUGACAAAAAAUGUUAACCUACUACUACAGGGGCAACAAGUUAAUGAGCCAGUGGCAAUGCAAACGUCGGGUUUGCAUGCAGUCGUUUGACGAUUCAGUAAGGCCAUUUCCAAGAAUGUUGACCGGAUUUCUCCCACCACAUCAUGUCAACCCAUUGAAACCUCUUUAUCACAAACGCAAAACUGGGCAGAACUUAAGUAAUGUCGUAAUUAUGAAGGUUUUAGUAUUUAAGAGAUAUAUAAUCUAUGAACGGUGGUUCCUCUGGCACUAAGUAAACAGUAGUCUAAGUAUCGUUAUGUGAGAACCAGCACUCUGAGGGCAGCUGAAAGGUCAUCAGAAUUGAUGAAAUGAUCGACUUGGGUACAUAACAGUUUGCAUACAUGACGAUAUUGUCAUUUUAAAAUGGUAUAGCCAUCAGUUACGAGAAUAAAGGAGGAAAGACAAUAAGAUUUUACAAUUGGAAGUUGGCUGCAAAAAUAGUAAUAUUCAGAAGAAUUUUCCCAGACAUUUGUUUCGAAAAGGUAACUAAAUUUGCACACUUGAAAGGUUGUAAAGCUAAGUGAUGCUUUGAAUGUACAUUGUAUUUGGAAUUUAUAUGUCGUGUUAGUACAUGAUCAAUCAUUCAAGUUAAGCAUGGAAGAAUAAAAAAGUUGUAACAAAUGCAAGUAAGGAUUCAAAUCACGUUGGUCUUUGAUUUCUUAUUGCUGGUUUUUACUGUCAUGCCAUUAAAAAUAAAAAAAGUAACCGCUCAAUAAAUGAAGUCAAGAUUUAGAUUUGUGCUGUUUUUGCUAUACGCACCUUAUUUGGCAAAAACAGUUUCAACUAAAUUCAUAGUGCUUGGUAUGGGGAGGCCAUGUUGGUGUACCUUGGAGGGGCACAAAUAUGGCGGCCGUGAAGUAACAGAAAAUACGUUUUGCCAUUUAAACGAAAAGUUAUCACUCUAGAGCUCCUAAUGCAAGGGCCGUUCAUUUAGAAAAAACGUGGACGAUAGGUCAUCUUUGACAUACGCCACAGCCGUCCGGGUCUCCAUUUUCCGCUACGCAGAAACUUGGAAAUAUUCAAACAUGCUCUAUUAGGAAACGAAGAGCCCUGUCAAGCUUAAACUUUAUAAAACCUCAAGUUCUUAUUAACUAGAGGGUCGUUAUGUCUAAAGAAACUAAACCUUUGUUGAUUUUGACUGUGGAAUAUGACAACGUCCCAUGAAAACCGGGAACUGGCCACAGUACAAGUAAAAGCCAAUUUACAGGGCUUUUUCUAGACCAUCACCCACCCCAGGUGAUAGUUGUUUUUUCGUUCAAUAGUGCCUCCAUGUCCUUGGUAUCCCUUGUUUGUCCCGGGUCUAGAGGGUGGAGAUUUCCAUUGAAAGUUGCAUUAUUUCAAUAAACUUAAACGAAACAAUACUGAUCAAAGGCCUUAACGUCUCAGGCUUUGAUUUCAGAACUGCUAAAGUUGUGUGCAUAACUGCGACAAUCAAUAUGUCUUCAUAAAAUUACUGACUUGCAGUUCGCGACGCACAGGUGCCACGGAAGGUGACCGUAUGGAGCUUAAUUUAAGUUAAGCUAAGUUACUUUUUACCCGGCCGGCGUUCAAUCGCUGGGUACGAUAUUAAAACAAGAAGUAAAAGUAAUAAUAUAACAAGUAUAUAACUGGAUAUUUAUUUUUCUUCACGUUUUUUGUGUCAUAUGAUUACUCUUCAAGUGUUUACUAACGUUAUUGGCAGACAUUAUAUUCAUCGUUAUAAUCUAUCAAAUAUUUCUUUUGCACGCGAUUGCUCUAAACGCGUGACGUAGUAGAGCAUGUCUCAGAGAAAACUAGGGAAUAUCCACGUGACUUUCCCAAAUUCCGAGUGUUGCGAAAAAUAUUUGAAGGGCA